AUGCUACCAUUCAGGAUUUUGCUCAAUAACUCACUAAGCGAGACGACGGAAAUCACAGAGGUCGGACCUCAUGCCAUGAGGAAAAGGACAUUGAAGAGCAAACGGAAGAAAGGCAAAGCAAGCAAUGCCAAUCCUAAAUUGUACCAUGGCGCUAGAGGGCGAUACCACUAUUUUCUAUGCCUGCAGCUCAUCUUGCGGAAGCAGAUUGCUGCCCUGACGAAGAUAUGGGAACUCCCUCCUGAGUUCGAGAUCAUAUGUAGGGACGUAUGGGCACUUAAUCUGGCACUGCUGCCCGACCCUCCACCUGCCGAGCCCUAUCACCAUGCAGUGGAGACCCAAAUACAUGAUGAAGUAGAUCCAGUAGUCGAUAUAAAGGCAUUUUCUUCGUCGAUGAAACAAGACUUGGACGGUGCAUCUGAAGAUGAACAGGCGAAUGACGACGAUGCCAAUGAGAAGGAAGAACAUUCCGAUACUGAUGAAGACGAGGAAGAGGAAGAAGAUGCCGAAUUGGAGUUACUCAUGCAGGAGAACUCUGAUCUUUCGAGCUCGUCCGAGGACGAACUGGGCGAGAGUAAGAUUUCAGGUCCAGAAUCAGGACAACCGAAGAUGGAGGGAGGUCGGAAAGGACGGUUUAGAUAUGAAAGCCCUCUAAGCACGAUCGCAGUGCUCGUGGUGACAUGCUGGAUGAUGCGAAUACCAGUAAUGUACAGAGACUUUACACGGUUGAUCGAAAAGUAUGAGAUCCCGUAUCUGAACGGAGUCAAAUCGCUGCCCGAGUCAAUGACGGAGCAUCUGACGAAGCAUAAUGUACAAGCAUUAUCACCACCUCAUGCACCCCGAACGAUGGCGAUGCACAAAGUAGCCUCCAGACUUGCAAAAAAGCUAAAUAGCAACUAUGGGAUCUACGUUCCUGAAAUUAAUGCAGCCAGUAUCCUAUGGAGGAUUACGAAAGAAAUGGGUGGAACACCGCUGUUAUACCGACUUGCGAAACGAGUUGCGAGCGUGUUGUCAGUGCCACUGACAUUGCACUGGACACUGGCACCUGGACUUGCGAAACUGAAGCCUAGCGACGCGUUCCGACACCAUUACGACGGUGUGCCUCCGGAAGCCAGUUUGCUAGGGGCGUUGAUCAUUGUGAUAAAAAUGGUGUAUGGGCUUGAUGGGACGACCAGAGGCCCAGAAGACGGAGACAUAGACGAUGUGGCGUGUUUGCUGGGAUCUGAGGAAGAGUUUCUGAAGCAGAUCAACAAGCUGACGAAGGAUGAGCAACGAGAAAUGAAGUUUGACAGCAGGAGGCAACUAAACGUGGGGGAUAUGACGGAUGAGGAAAUGGACGAAUAUAUCGCAUUCUGCGCAAAGGCAGUGGGCUACGGGGAGAGUGACAGCGUGGUCGAACGCUUCUUUGGGCCGGUUUCAGUCGGGAGAUCUGGGGGAGAAACUGGUGGCCAUUGGCUGGCGGAGGAUGAGGGUGCAGGUACAGGUAUAGGUGCGGCCGCGGCUGCGGGCGGCAGCAGCGGCAACGAAGGAUGCCGGCGUGCCGAGUACGGCGCAGAGUAUAAGAUUUGGAACAGCCGGGAUGUGGACGGGGCGGUGCCGGCAGGGUAUGAGGCGGUGAUGAGACGGGGGGAAACGCUCGUGGGGAUGAACAUCGGCGGCAUGCUGGCCGCAUUUGAGCGCAGACUUGUGCGGACUGCCAAGCGGCUCUGA